UUUUCUAAAUUUUCAAAAAAUCUAUUUUAGUUUACGAAUCAAAAAUAAUAACCUGUACGAUGAAAUUGAUUAAUUAGCAAGUUGUAAAUUUAGUGAAGAGUGUGCAAAUUAAUGAAAACGUUUAUCGAAGGAUUCAGAACAGUAAUUGCUUUUGAAAUAUUCGAAUUUGCUAUCAAAAUAGUCGAUAUCUACUGACCAGUGUUAUGGAAGUUGUUUGUUUAUCAUCAAAAUUCUUCUCCUUUAACUCACUUUGAUAGUGUUUGAUUGAAUUUAUUUAACUGGAAUCGCUCGUGAUUCAAGUAAAUAAUCUAUUUUAAUGCAAUCGUCGCGUAGGUAUAAAUCGCCAACGAAGUGAAAACGUUACAGUACCAGCGUUAUGUGAACCAUUUUGCAGAACUUGAAGAGUGUUACUCAAUCAAUGAAUAAUGAUAAACGUAACAAGAAUAUUCUCGCGGGUUAAAUUAACGUAACGAAGUAUCGAGUUAAAAUUAUUAAAAGUAUUGCUGCGCGAUUCAUUCACGUUCGCGUGAUAAAUUUGAAAUUCGGUGUCGAGUUGUGCAAUAAGGCAGACAUUAUGUUGGUUGGUUAGUGAAGAAAAUCAUUUCGAACAUGUCUCGUAAUCAAAAUAUCAAAAGUUACGGACGAGGUAAACAUUCCAAUCAUCCGAACACCGUCGUCCAUUCUAGUAUCCAGUUCGAUAAGUUCUUCUGCGAGAAUAGCAAUAAACCGACAGCUGCCAAAUCCGCUGGGACUAUUGGAAAAUGGGGAAUUACGUCUUUCACGUCGAUACGAAGCUCAAAUUUUACAGUUGGAGCCACCGAAUCGUCGUCGUCGUCACGUUUUAGUAGCUUGAACAAAAAACGUCAACAAGCAGCUGCCGAAAGCGGUAUCCAGAAUAAACGUCCAGUGUUGAAUAAUAAUAUAAAACGAGAUAGUUCUCCGGUCGUUCAAAGGAAAUUCUUUAAAAGUCGUAACGCAGCUGAUAGCUCUCAAAAAUCGUACAAAUCGUCCAAUUCCUCGGAAUCUGGAGUUGGCAAGAAAAGUGGAAGACAUGCCAAAUCGGAUGAAAACAAAAAACACAAACACGUAUUAUUCGAUGACUCGUCGAAGAGCCAAUCUCACGUUCGUACGAUAGAAAAGCCUUUGAAAAUAUCAACGAAGAAGAUCCCAUCGCCGAAAGUAGUCGAUGAAGAAAUAACCCAAAUCGAUGACUUUAAUAAGUUCCAAACAUUGCCAUCACCUCCUAAAGAACGCGAUAAACCGCCGAUAGUUUUACGUAUAUUCAAAGGCACUUCUCAAUUAAUCACCGAACCCGGUACAAAAGAAGAGACCCCAGACGAAGAUUCAUUCGAAUCGGGUCCGAUCUCAGAACCAGCUCCGAGUCCACCGCCGAUCUCAAAAUCGCUGCGGCGUAAAAGUCCCGAAAUACGAUCACCUUCGCCAGAACAGCCGGCUCCAAAACAUCGCCGUAACAGUGAGAAAUCCUUAUCUCCCGAGGCGCCUGUGAAAAUCGGCGUUAAACGACGUACGCCGGAUAAAUCACCCGAACCCGAGCCGACCAUCACUACUCGAAGCUUGAGACGUCGAGCUGCCUCGGAUAGCACCUCGCAACCGCAGCAGCCACCACAACAGCUGCCGAACACGUCGCCUAAACGCGUUUUGAGAAGCACCAGGAAUACUCCGGCUGCUCCACCUCCUCCGGCUGGUAAAUUAGUCAUAGCUAAUCUGAAUUCCGAUCAUCCUACGGUGUAUGCUGUUAACGAAGACGCAUCUGCAGCUUCCGUCGCCACCACCGGUGUAUCUCCCAAACAUAAAGAUUCCAAAGAAACUCGCAGUUACUCCAAUAAGCACAAACAUAAGAAAGAUACUGCUAAAGCGGAACCGGAUUUGAAAAAAGUCGAAGAACUCUUAGCCGAUUUAGGAGCUCCGGCCGAAGAAACGCCUUCGGAAAAUCAAAACGAUCUUAAACCUUGCGAAACUACUGAUUCGGAUAGGCAAGAAUUACUAGAACUUCUAGAAGAUGACGAAGAAGACGGCGGUGGUGGUGGUGGUGAUGCUGCUUCCGUUACUGAUUCGAUACCAAAUUCCGAACCCAUGGAGCAGCUUAUCGAUUUACAAACAACACCCGAAGAACCUUCUCCCAUUAUCAAGAGUAGCGAAUCGGAAUUGAAAAUUAAAAUCAAAAUAUCUGAUAUUAGACCAUCAGAAUCGGUAGUCGAACCGGUCACAUUGAACACGAAACCCGAAUCUGUACCCUUGCCCGAUUCUUUAGAUUCUGGAUUCGGCUCCAAGAACGGCGAAGAAACCAGCGCCGCUGAAUCUAUGUCCAGCAGCAUGGAAUUCGACGCUAGAGAUAACUUCGGCGCGACAGAUGGUUCAGAUUUUGAUCUGAAAAACGAUCACGAUGCACCUUGCGCGCCGAUAAUCAAUAAAAAAGGAAGUAUUUUCAAACACCGAGGUUCCAGCGACGGUAAUAAAAAACGCUUGGCGUUGUAUAAACACAAAUGGGCUGACGAUAAGGAUGCAGCUAAUGCUACCGAAGAUGAUAAUAAAAACUCCAAUAUUACGAAAAGCAAAGCUUUGGAUUCCAUUUUGGAUAGCGAGCUGGAGGAUAUGCCUUUGACUAAAUUCAUCAGGCAAACUAAUACCGAUAAUUUUGAUUUCGACGAGCCAGCUCCGGUGACGGGGGUUAAAUGCACGAAGAAAACCAAGGAUUACUAUACCGUUGUUCGAAACGUAAAGAAAGCUCAUCAAAUACAAGAGUCCGGAGAAUUCCAAGAAUUCAACGACGACGUCGAAUAUAUUCUGGAUGCGUUACAGGAUAAUAAUCCGAUAGGAACGAGGUGUUUGUCGGCCAUUACUUUAGCCAGCAAAUGUACAGAACCAGCUUUCAGAAUGCAUGUCAGAGCUCAUGGUACUGUUACGAAAUUCUUCCGAGCUUUGCACGACGCUACCAAAGAUCAAAGUCUGGGAUUAUGCACGGCGACAGUGAUGUUCGUCUUGAGUCAAGACAGACUGAACAUGGAUUUAGAUCGCGAUUCUCUCGAAUUAAUGUUGAAUUUAUUGGAAAGCGAUGCCAGUCAUACGAAGGCUCUAGAAGAUUGCGGUCUCACAGAUUCGCAAUUGAUCAAGAAUAGAGAUAGAGUCAGACAAAUUUGUGCCGAUAUCCAAGCCCAAGGGCACGCUAAACAUUUGAAUUUGGAUAACAUUACGGUCGGCCACCUUUCCAUGGAGACGUUGCUCAGUUUAACGUCGAAAAGAGCCGGCGAAUGGUUCAAAGAAGAAUUAAGAGAAUUAGGCGGCCUAGAGCAUAUCGUCAAAACCAUAGUCGAAUGUUGCAAACACGUGGACGAAACUGCCAAUGCAUGGUCGGCGACUGCUCUUGAAAAGAUACGUAAGGUUGACAGAUGCCUCAGAGUUUUAGAAAACGUGACUAUGCAAAAUGAACAAAACAAUUAUUACUUAUUGGAAUACCAAGAUGGAAUAUUGAUCGAUACGUUAGUGAAAAUGUACAAAGUUUGCGACUACGAGAUACCUCUGUAUCCUACCGAUAGUAUCGCUGAUAAGGAUUCGACCGGAGCCGUCCUCAGAGAAUGCUUAAUAGCCAAUUUGAAAGUAUUAAUCAAUAUUACUCACGAUUAUCAAAGCCUCACUCGUGGUUCUAUUGUAAUUGGAGGAAGACCGGGAGUCAUCGAAUCUAGUUUACACGUCCUAUUGCAAGUUCCUCAGUAUAUACCUAAAGAAGAAAAAUUCGACCUUAUGUUACUGACCCUGAUCAUGUUGAUCAACCUGGUAGAACACUGUGACGCGAACAGAAAAGCUAUCCUUGAUGCCAAAGCACCCAGUGACGAAGAAAGUAUCUUCGAAAGUAAAGCGAUAGAUCCGGCUGUGAAAGCGUUGAUCGCCAUGUUCUAUAAUCACGAAGAAUUGGCUCGUAACGAAGAAAAGAAGACUGAUGCUAUUUUGGAAGGAGAAAACGUCGAGAAACCUCAAAACAACGCUCCGCAAAAAGUUCACGAAGAAUUCAUCGAGGAGACUAUUUCGAUGUUGGUUCAAAAAGCUGGUCAAAAUAUGGAACACACGCUGAUCGCGGCUUACGUCGUGAUGCUUGUUGGAUACUUGAUCAUUGAUAACGAGGAAUAUGAAAAAUUGGUCAGGAAUCAUUUGCCCGAGAAGAAUUUCGAAUUCAUGAUUUCCGUGCUGCAGAAGUUCUAUAGUUUUAUGACAUUGACUGCUUCGGGUGGAACCGUCAGCAAUCGUGGCAUGAAAUCAGUUCAAAUGGUCAUCCAAAAAUUAAUCGAAAGCGACGCUCGACACGGUUUCGCUCCAUCACCAAAUACAGUACCCGCGUUUUCGGCUCCAGCAACAUCCUCGUCAGCACCGGUGGCUAAUAUUCAAUCGGCCGAUAAAGCUUUAGAUUUGAAUACGAGCAGCGGAUCGUCUUCUUCGGAUGAUAAAAAUUUCGACGCUUUGCAAAAUGAUAGUAAAUUUUGCGAAUCUCAGAAUAACGCCAACGUGGCGAUUUCGGCUUCCUAAACGAAUCACAUCAGCGAUAAAGACCAAAAAGGAUGAUGUGUUUCGCCGAAAAUGCGAUUUCGUAGACCGGUAAUGGAGAAAAAGAGAGUAAUUUUUAGCCACGUGUCCUGCGGUGUAUUUUUUAUUUCUUUUUUCUCGCGUAUUGUACAUUUUUUUAGACAUUUUUAUCGUUACCACUUGAAUUGAAUGAAAUUAUUUUUUAAGACUGCCAUUUUGUUGGAUACUGAUUUUGAAAUUUUCACAGCAAUUUGUUUUUUUUUUUGUAAAAAUUAUCGCGUUUGUGUUAUUUUAAUCGUUGGGAUACGAAGGAGAAUAUUUUAAAAUUGGAAUUUUAUCGUUUUUAUAUACCCUGCGUUUUGCAUGAUUUCAUGUUCGAGCCUGACAUUGAACUGUCGAGGCAAUCUCGAAUGUUUACAUACAUCUUAUAUAAAAUUAGAUAUAUUUUUUUUGUUUUAAUACUUCAACUUGUAUACAAUAAUUUAUUUAAGAAUCCCCCUUUGCCCUUUGAUCACCAAAAGUAUAAUUACGAUGUAUAGAAGAAUGUAUAGUAGAUUUUCUGAUUCGCAAAUUAUUAUCGUACUAUUUUUUUUAUAGAGACGCUUUGUUUUUCGGUCUUGUAUUAUUUUACUAGUAAAGGAGCGUGAUGACGAUGCUUAUGAUUGGAAUAGUGUUCAUUUUGUUUUUAUUUAUUACUACUUUUUUUCCUCUUUCAUUCUUUUAUCCCCUUUUUUUUCUCCCCCUCUAGGUUUUAAUACUCUUGUGAAAAUAUUUAAAGCUUGAUAAAAAAAAAACACUGGUUUGUUAGGGCAAAAAAUAUAGCCGAUUCGCUGCACACAGUUUGUAUUACUUUUUAACGUCGACGAAUGACUUUUUACUUGAGGUCUUCUUUCAUUAUCAUUGUUGUAAACAAAUGCGAUAAAAUUGUGUUCAUUUUUAUGCGCGGUUCGUUGACGUAAGCCUAAUUUUUUGUAUAACAAAUUAUUAUAUCGGUAUUUGGCUUAUUGCGAGAAUGACGAGGAAUUGAAUUCCUCAUCCUCAGCGUGGUUUGUGAAGUGAUUCUUAUCCUCUCCUGCUUCCCAAUUGUAUAGGGGGUCAGUUUUCGUUGCAUGUUUAAUCUACUUGUAGUGUUAAUGGCGUCGCCACGUCGAUGGUGGGCACGGCUCUUGUAAAAUUGAAACUUAAAAAAAUGUUAUUGUGUAUAAAGUAUUGUAAAAUUACAACUUGAAACGAAUUAAUCAGAGACCUUGAUUGUAUUAAGUCAUUGUUUAUUAAAAUAAAAUUUAUUUUUUAAU